GUGCUAUUUCCUCAUAUGGGCAUGCCUCAAAAUCCGAGCUUGAGGCUUUUUCCUCUGAGAAUGGAAGAAAGAAGAAGAUGAAGCAGGGGAUUCGGAGUUUUGGAACAACCAGAUGGAUUGGGGUAUAGGCCAUGUUUGGAUUUCAACAAAGAGUUCAAAAGAGAAAGUGAAAGGAUUGUGAAGGAAAAGAGAAAGUAUUUGAUGGUUGUGGUUGCUGGAGGACUGAAUCAACAGAGGAAUCAGAUUGUGGAUGCUGUUGUAAUUGCUAGAAUUCUUGGGGCCGCUUUGGUUGUCCCUAUUUUGCAGGUCAACGUCAUUUGGGGCGACGAAAGUGAAUUUGGGGAAAUAUUUGAUUUGGAACACUUCAAGAGAGUUCUUAGGGACGAAGUGAGAGUGGUAUCAGCAUUGCCUUCAACGCACCUCAUGACAAGGCCUGUGGAGGCAAGCCCUCCUCUUCAUGUCACUCCUGCUUGGAUCCGUUCUCGUUAUCUCAAAAGGCUCAAAAGAGAAGGUGUUUUGCUCUUACGUGGCUUGGAUUCUAGGCUGUCCAAGGAUCUUCCUCCCGAUCUUCAGAAACUUCGAUGCAAGGUUGCUUUUCACGCACUAAAGUUUGCAAAACCAGUGGAGGAAAUUGGGAACAAGAUUGCAGAGAGAAUGAGGAGAAAUGGACCCUACAUAGCUCUGCAUCUGAGAAUGGAAAAGGAUGUGUGGGUGAGAACAGGAUGCCUGCCAGGUCUCCAGCCACAGUAUGAUGAGAUUAUCUACAAUGAAAGGAUGCAGCGCCCAGAGCUCUUAACUGCAAGAUCAAACAUGACUUAUCAUCAGAGGAAACUGGCCGGCCUCUGUCCCUUGAAUGCCAUGGAGGUUUCCAGGCUGCUGAAAGCUCUAGGAGCUUCAAAAAGCGCGAGAAUUUACUGGGCUGGAGGGCAACCGCUGGGUGGAAAAGAAGCAUUGCUUCCUAUAAUUAGAGAGUUUCCACACUUUUACAAUAAAGAAGAUCUCGCCUUGCCAGGAGAACUAGAGCCUUUCAGAAACAAGGCUUCUCUAAUGGCUGCCAUAGAUUACAUAGUCUCUGAUAAGAGUGAUGUUUUCAUGCCUUCUCACGGAGGAAACAUGGGCCACGCACUUCAGGGCCACCGAGCUUAUGCAGGGCACAAGAAAUACAUAACCCCAAACAAAAGACAAAUGCUUCAUUACUUUAUGAAUUCUUCUCUCCCAGAAGCAGAGUUCAACAGAAUCAUCAAGGAAUUGCACAAAGACUCAUUAGGGCAGCCUGAACUCAGAACAAGCAAGGCUCAAAGGGAUGUCACCAAAUAUCCUGUCCCAGAGUGCAUGUGCAAUGAUUCACAUGCACCUUCCUUCAUAUAACUCAACGUCAUAGGCUCUGGGCUGAUUACUCGACAGAAAUAGUGAAUGCUCCUGACACGGGAGUUGGCUCUAGUUUUGGUUGGUCCUAUUAUUUUUGGAAAGCAACUUGGGAGAUUUGUAGGGAAACUCUCACCGCAGGUGCACUCACGUCAUUCCUUAAACAUACUAAAUUAUCAUUCCUUAAUUCUUUA